CACCUUGAAGCCAGCCGCAGCUGGCCCUGGCAGCUGCUCCUGGGCCUGGGCCUGAGGCUGUGACAAAGCCUGGCAGCCUUUCCAGCUUGGAUCCGUAAAGGCCCAAGCCCAGGGAAGACCCAGGAGAACUUCCAGUUGCAGCGUGCGCCUGGGGCGUGGAAUAUCGCACCCUGAGUGAGGAGCUGAAACUCCACCAGUCCAGUCCCAGUCCGGGCCUUCCCCAGCGGCGCGUUCCCGGGAGGAGGAGGAGCUGACGCCACCGCAGAGAUGCUGUCCCCACCUCCAUAGGCCUCAGGGACUAGGAGCGAUGGGGACGGGGACCCUCUCAUCUCUACUGCUGCUGCUGCUCUUGAUGGCAACUGGACAUGCUGACAUGAAGGGACACUUUGACCCUGCCAAGUGUCGCUAUGCCCUGGGAAUGCAGGACCGCACCAUUCCCGACAGUGACAUCUCUGUAUCCAGCUCUUGGUCGGACUCCACUGCUGCCCGCCACAGCAGGCUGGAGAGCAGUGAUGGAGAUGGGGCGUGGUGCCCUGCUGGGCCAGUGUUUCCCAAGGAGGAGGAAUACCUGCAGGUGGACCUGCGGCGGCUUCACCUGGUGGCUCUGGUGGGGACCCAGGGCCGCCAUGCUGGGGGCCUGGGCAAGGAAUUCUCCCGCAGCUACCGGCUGCGUUACUCCCGGGAUGGCCACCGCUGGAUGGACUGGAAGGACCGCUGGGGUCAGGAGGUGAUAUCGGGCAACGAGGAUCCUGGAGGAGUAGUGCUGAAGGACCUAGGGCCUCCCAUGGUGGCCCGACUGGUCCGCUUCUAUCCCCGGGCUGACCGGGUCAUGAGUGUCUGUCUGCGGGUGGAGCUCUAUGGCUGCCUCUGGAAGGAUGGACUCCUGUCUUACACAGCCCCCGUGGGGCAGACCAUGUACUUUUCUGAGGCCGUGCACCUCAACGACUCCACCUAUGAUGGAUAUACGGCUGGAGGGCUACAAUAUGGUGGCCUAGGCCAACUAGCAGAUGGUGUGGUAGGGCUGGAUGACUUCAGGCAGAGCCAGGAGCUGCGGGUCUGGCCAGGCUAUGACUACGUGGGAUGGAGUAACCAUAGCUUCCCCAGUGGCUACGUGGAGAUGGAGUUCGAGUUUGACCAGCUGAGGGCCUUCCAGGCCAUGCAGGUGCACUGCAAUAACAUGCACACGCUGGGAGCCCGCCUGCCUGGUGGAGUGGAAUGCCGGUUCAAACGGGGUCCUGCCUUGGCCUGGGAAGGGGAGCCUGUGCGCCAUGGCCUGGGGGGCAGCCUGGGCGAUCCCAGAGCCCGAGUUAUCUCAGUGCCACUGGGUGGCCGCGUGGGCCGCUUUCUGCAGUGCCGCUUCCUCUUUGCUGGACCCUGGUUACUCUUCAGUGAGGUCGCCUUCAUCUCGGACGUGGUGAAUGACUCCUCUUCUACUCCCGGGGGCACCCUCCCGCCAGCCCUCUGGUGGCCACCAGGCCCACCUCCCACCAACUUCAGCAGCUUAGAGCUGGAGCCCCGGGGCCAGCAGCCCGUGGCCAAGGCAGAGGGGAGCCCGACUGCCAUCCUCAUCGGCUGCCUGGUGGCCAUCAUCCUGCUGCUGCUGCUAAUCAUCGCGCUUAUGCUGUGGCGUCUGCACUGGCGCAGGCUGCUCAGCAAGGCGGAGCGCCGGGUUUUGGAAGAGGAGCUUACAGUUCACCUCUCAGUUCCUGGGGACACCAUCCUCAUCAACAACCGUCCAGGGCCCCGAGAGCCACCCCCUUACCAGGAGCCCCGGCCUCGUGGAAAUCCACCUCACUCUGCACCCUGUAUCCCCAAUGGUUCUGCGUUGCUGCUCUCCAAUCCGGCCUACCGCCUCCUCCUGGCCACUUACGCCCGUCCCCCUCGAGGCCCUGGCCCCCCCACACCCGCCUGGGCCAAACCCACCAACACCCGGGCCUGCAGUGGAGACUAUAUGGAGCCAGAGAAGCCGAGUGUCCCGCUUCUGCCCCCACCUCCCCAGAACAGCGUUCCCCAUUAUGCCGAGGCUGACAUUGUCACCCUGCAGGGCGUCACUGGGGGCAACACCUAUGCUGUACCUGCGCUUCCCCCUGGGACAGCUGGGGAUGGGCCCCCCAGAGUGGAUUUCCCUCGAUCGCAGCUCCGCUUCAAGGAGAAACUUGGCGAGGGUCAGUUUGGGGAGGUGCACCUGUGUGAAGUUGAGAACCCUCAAGAUCUGGCCAGUCUUGACUUCCCUAUCAGCGUGCGCAAGGGACAGCCCUUGUUGGUAGCUGUCAAGAUCCUGCGGCCAGAUGCUACCAAGAAUGCCAGGAAUGAUUUCUUAAAGGAGGUAAAGAUCAUGUCGCGGCUCAAGGACCCAAACAUCAUCCGGCUCUUGGGCGUAUGUGUGCAGGAUGACCCCCUCUGCAUGAUUACCGACUACAUGGAGAAUGGGGAUCUGAACCAGUUCCUCAGUGCCCAUCAGCUGGAGGACAAGGCGGCUGAAAGGGCUCCUAGGGAUGGGGAGGCUGCCCAGGGGCCCACCAUCAGCUACCCAAUGCUAUUACAUGUGGCCGCCCAGAUUGCCUCGGGCAUGCGCUAUCUAGCCACACUCAACUUUGUGCAUCGAGACCUGGCUACCCGGAACUGCCUUGUUGGGGAAAAUUUCACCAUCAAAAUCGCCGACUUUGGCAUGAGCCGGAACCUCUAUGCUGGGGAUUAUUACCGAGUGCAGGGCCGGGCGGUGCUGCCUAUCCGGUGGAUGGCCUGGGAAUGCAUCCUCAUGGGGAAGUUCACAACAGCGAGUGAUGUGUGGGCCUUUGGGGUGACCCUGUGGGAGGUGCUGAUGCUCUGUAGGGCCCAGCCUUUUGGGCAGCUCACGGACGAGCAGGUCAUCGAGAAUGCUGGGGAGUUCUUCCGGGACCAGGGCCGGCAGGUGUACCUGUCACAGCCACCAGCCUGCCCACAAAGCCUGUAUGAGCUAAUGCUCCGAUGUUGGAGCCGGGAGCCUGAGCAACGUCCACCCUUUGCCCAGCUGCACCGGUUCUUGGCAGAAGAUGCUCUCAACACAGUGUGAUCGACACCCUGCUGCCCCCUCCUAUGUGAAGACAUCCAGGGAAGCUGGACAUCAAACAAGAGGAGCCUGUUUCCAUCCCACCCUCUCUGGACUACCCAUCCCCGAGAGGCAGUGUGACCGCACGGGGGCUGGGCCUGCCUCCUGUCACUGGAAACAUGCUCACGUCUCCUCUGUCUUCUGAGCGCUGCCCAUUGAACUGCCCCUGUGGACAGCGUCCUCUCUGACUUCUUCCAGGCAUCCCUUGGGAAGGGCGGCGGCAGAUGCAGGGCACACACUGGACAUGGCCCACCGAAGCACCUGGGCCCUACUGGACAACACUGGUUCUUGGGGAGGUGGCUGUGCCCCCAGCCUCCUUUCUGUCACACACUGGACAUGGCUGGCUGAGAAUUUGGGGGUGAGGAGGACAAGAAGGGAAGAAAAAUGUUCCCUUAUGCCUACCCCUGCUACUGUCAGCUCUGGCUUCCUCCUUCUCCAUCCCCUGACACACUGGACCUGGGGAUGGUCCCUGCCCCAAUCCUCAGCCACUCCGACUUCCCACACGCCAUGUUGUAGCUAGAGCUCCUCUAAGCCCAUGUAUUUCUGUGCCAUAAAUAUGGGGACUCGGGGAAAGAGGGAGCAAUGGCUUGUGGCCCUAGGGUGAACAUCUCUAUUGUAGCUGCCACAUUGUUUUUUCUAUAAUCACUUGGGGUUUGUACAUUUUUUGGGGGGAGAGACACAGAUUUUUACACUAAUAUAUGGACCUAGCUUGAGGCGACUUAAUCCCCUGCACUAGGCAGGUCAUAAUAAAGGUUGAGUUUUCCA